AUGGCGUCCACUAACCUUCCGCCGAUCAUGCUAGACCACCUCUACUCCAUGGAUGACGAUCUUAAAACAGAAGGGCCGCUCCUGCUGCUUAAAGAUGCCCGUAAAAAUCCCGUUGUUGGUGAUGAGCCAUCCCCUGAGACUGCUCCUGUAAUUAAUCCUGCCUCCAUAUCCAGAUGCUGCAUUGAAAAGGGCCUCUUUCCAGCCGUUCCCCUAUUCUUCCAGUAUCCUUGCAGCAUCAGUAAAGGUUGGUCAGAAUGGGUCGAUCGUGAACUGCGGGAUCCAUCCACAUGCAACAUCCUGCGCAGAGCACAAGUCCUUGAUGCCAUCUUCCUUUCCAAAUUGUGGGACAUCCAUAUCGAAGCGAAGAUGCUUCGUCACGUGGUCCGGAGGUGGAGCACCGCUACUCACACCUUUGUGUGUUCAUGGGGGGAAUUUACCCCUACCCUUGAAGAUGUGGCGAAUAUCUCUCGCCUUCCUGUCUGUGGCGACCGUAGUCCUUUCGGCAUUGCCCUCACUCCAGAGGAAAUAGAUAGUCUUGCAGUCUUGCGAAGAGGCGCUCCCACCUCUCCCAGCACUUCGCUCCGGUUUAACAACUGGAUACAAUAUUUUGGGGAUGCAAACAGACAGAGUCCCUGCCGGUUGGCUGCCUUUAUAGCUCUGUGGCUUGGGCGGUUCGUGCUCUGUGACUUUUCUCAGGAUUGCCUUCAUGAGCGUGUAUUCCCUUUGGCUUUGGCGAUAGCCCGAGGUGAUACGAUCCCCUUAGCCCCCAUGUUCCUGGGACAUCUAUACCAUCUUCUUAAUCGAACCCAGCUUCUGGAAAAGAGUGCAUCAGGAACCAUGGGUGUGGAGACCCUCCUAAAUUCUGGUUUCUUGCAGGUGUUCUUGUGGGAGCGUCUCAAAGGGUUGGAUGUGUAUUCACUCCCUCACUCGCACGCUAUAAAGUUGGCUGACUGGGGCAAUGGUUCCUUUAUGCCAAACAAUCUUCCAUUAGUUUGCAGGUGGUUCAAGAGAAUGCAGAGGAAAGGCCAGAAUUUCUUAAAGCUGCUAGACAAUGUCGAGAAUUUUGUCUUUCGCCCUUACGGCACCUCAGCAGAGACCUUCACUUUCGUGCCCUUCUAUACUGACGCCAGUGAUACGGUUGAGGUUCCAGCAGCCGUGUCGCAGAGUAACCAGUUUCGGAGGCAUGCUUUGUUGAAUGUUGCUCCCAUCCCCUUACCUACUCUUGGAGACCACUGUGCAGAGGUUUCCGUGACCUACUCUCCACACCGAGUCAGGAGGCAGUUCGGGCUUGACCAAGGGGUACCCAGCAGUCCUAACCAUGAUGACCCUUUUGCUUUACACAGGAUCUUCUGGAGCAAUGACCACAUACCAGCCAGUUGCAGGCCCCUCGUUCUAGCAAGCAAGGCGAGGGUUGGUGGCUUCUCUAGAGGCUACCAAGCCUACUGGAACCGCUGUCUCUCUUCCUUCCGUGAGUUCCAAUCCUUUCCCGGGGACAGACUGCCUCCUACAACGGCUCGUCUUGUGGGCUUGGUUUCGGAAGAGAAAGCCAUCCCUCUUAGCCAAAAACGCAACUUGCCCUUCAUUUCCAAGAGUGGUGACAUCGUUGGAGAAUUUCCUAAGAUGAAGCCAAAGCCGGGGGCACAGAGUCCUGGCGGCUCCGGAAAAAGUGCAACGCCAGUGUCAGGCAAAAGGAAGCGAGAGGAGGAGCGAAAUGUGAGUGAGAAGCAGACUGCCGGUAAACCCAAAAGGUUCAUUCCGAAGGUAGCCCCGAGUGGCCCUCCUCGAACCAAAGAAGCAACUCCCCCGGAACAGCCACAGUCUUCGAAGCCUGCUGCAUCCGGGAGCCGGGGUCGUGCUGGCAAGAUGCUGGAAACUACCCCUCUCCGCCGGAAAAUGGGUACAACCCCGAAGAGAAAGAGAAGUGACACACCCCCGGUAUCUCCUCAGGUGACCCCUAAACGUCGAAGCGUGCGCAUUCUACAUGCAAGAUUUUCUGGAACACGCACCAGUACUGUUGAAGCUGCCGGAACCCCAACUGUAGUGACAGUUGACGAUGAUAGUGAUGAUAGUGACACCACCGAAUCCGAGGCUAAUGUUCCAGAGCAAGAGAACGUUGACGAUGCCAGUGAAGAUUCUGACAGGGACUCCAAUGAGGGUUGCAGUGAGGAUGCAUUUGCUUAUUCCAGCGACUAUCCAGGAGGACAAGGUGGUUCAGAUGUUUUCUUCGAGUCCGCCGGUAGCAGUACACGCCGUUUUAGCGCUGAGCAGGCUGAGCAUCUCGCUUCAAAUUUAGAAAUUGUGCCCGUAGUACCUUCUUCCUUCAACACAUUCGAUACACUGGUCGAGGCAGCCCUCGCAGGAUCCUCUCCAACCAUGACACCAACGGAUUCUCGGGAUGAAAUGCCUACGCUCCAAGUUACAAGCCCUUUACCACCUAUCUUCCAGCAUUUUCUCCAGAGGGACCUUGAUCCUGCCAUUUCGCCAGCCUUUCCAGCAGCCUUUCGGAGCAACACCUUUGUCGUCCAUACAACCCUGCCCGUUCCAUCUCACGUUCAACCACUUCUCCGGGCGACAGGGCCUAGUCCCCUAGCACUUCUUCCAGCGGUUCAAUGUGACAAUGCGAGCACUGCUGAAAACGCCCAGGCUAUCAUUACCGUCGCCGGGAAUGCUGCUGCAGAACACCCUCGCAGCAUGUCUUGGCUGGAGUGGGAGGAAUCAUUUACUACCUUCAUGGCUUUCUUUGACAGCGGUGCUCAGGUCCUUCGAUCUGCAGAUGAACUCCUGCCGCUCUACCAUCGGUUUAAUGGUUACGCACUUUUCCGGGGAAUUCUUGUUUAUCCCGAGACAGUCGCGGCUUUGAAGAAAUUUCUGGACAAGUACGGGGAUUUCAUGGACAUGACUGGUAUUACUUCUUCAUUCUCGCGAUGUGCUGCUUUCCGGGCCCUCGGCUUGGUGCUCCAUGGGAUGGAUACCGUGCAGCUGCUGGACAUUACUGAUCACAGGCUCCUUUGCUGGCGGGAUGCAGUUUGCGAGGCUAUGACUCUGGGCUUUCGAGCAGAGUCUCUUCUGAACCUGGUGAAGGGUUUGGCACGUGCUGCAUUUGGGGCACGGGCUGUUCAUAACAUGAAGUCAAAUCCCGGCCCUGAUGAAAUAAGGGCAGCAGCAGAGGCUUUGGUCUUCAAGCAGCACGAACUGGAAAACCAGCGCAGGGAAUUGCGUGGCCUCCUUUCUGCCCAAGGUGUCUCUUCCGACAGUGCUGACUGCGUGAUGGAGGCAGUGACAAGAUCUUCUCACGGGGCCUCCUCCGUUCCCUUCUAG